CCUGUCACUUUUCAGAACCCUUCAGUCGUGGCCAUGUCCCUGCCACCCUUCUUCGUCCCGGGCCGCCCGGGCCCGCCACCCCCGCAGCCGCCGCCUCCUGCUCCCUUCGGCUGCCCGCCGCCGCCGCUGCCCUCCCCGGCUUUCCCGCCGCCUCUUCCCCAGAGGCCAGGGCCCUUUCCGGGGGCCUCCGCCCCCUUCCUCCAACCUCCGCUGGCUCUGCAGCCCCGGUCCUCCGCGGAAGCUUCCCGCGCGGGAGGCGGCGGCGGCGGCGGUAGCGGCGCCUUCUAUCCGGUGCCGCCGCCGCCACUGCCUCCGCCGCCACCCCAGUGCAGGCCCUUCCUGGGGUCCGACGCCUGCGAGCGCCCGCGGCCGCCUCCUCCAGGUCCGGGGCCGCCCUGGAGUCCGCGCUGGCUUGAAGCGCCCCCGCCGUCCGACGUGCUCGGGGACGCGGCCCUGCAGCGCCUGCGCGACCGGCAGUGGCUAGAGGCGGUGUUCGGAACCCCGCGACGGGUGGGCUGUCCGCUGCCCUCGCGUGCGCCCGCUGGGCCCACUCUGGGUGAAGUGCGUGCGCGGUUGCGCGGGGCUCUGCGCCUGGUGCGGCGGCUGCGCGACCUGAGCCAGGCCCUGCGCGAAGCGGAAGCCGACGGCGCGGCGUGGGCAGUGCUGCAUGCCCAGGCCGCGCCGCUGCGCACCGAACUGACCGAGCGACUACAACUGCUGACCCAGGCCGCCUACGUGGGCGAGGCGCGGCGGAGAUUGGAGAGGGUCCGGCGCCGCCGGCUGCGCCUUCGAGAGAGGGCCCGGGAACGCGAGGCCGAGCGGGAGGCGGAGGCCGCGCGAGCAGCGGAGCGCGAGCAGGAGAUUGACCGCUGGAGGGUCAAGUGCGUGCAGGAGGUGGAGGAGAAAAAGCGGGAGCAGGAACUUAAAGCUGCUGCUGAUGGUGUCUUAUCUGAAGUGAGGAAAAAACAAGCAGAUACCAAAAGAAUGGUGGAUAUUCUUCGGGCUUUGGAAAAGUUAAGGAAACUCAGGAAAGAGGCUGCAGCAAGGAAAGGAGUCUGUCCUCCGGCCUCUGCAGAUGAAACUUUUGAGCAUCAUCUUACGCGACUGAGAAAACUUAUUAAGAAACGUUCUGAAUUAUAUGAAGCUGAAGAGAGGGCCCUCAGAGUUAUGUUGGAAGGAGAACAAGAGGAAGAAAGGAAAAGAGAAUUAGAAAAGAAACACAGAAAAGAAAAAGAGAAAAUUUUACUUCAGAAGCGUGAAAUUGAGUCCAAAUUAUUUGGGGAUCCGGAUGAGUUCCCGCUCACUCAGCUCUUACAGCCUUUCCGACAGUAUUACCUCCAGGCUGAGCACUCCCUACCUGCACUCAUCCAAAUAAGGCAUGAUUGGGAUCAGUACCUGGUGCCAUCUGAUCAUCCCAAAGGCAACUCUGUUCCCCAAGGAUGGGUCCUUCCCCCGCUCCCCAGCAACGACAUCUGGGCAACUGCCAUUAAGCUGCAUUAGUAAAGAUGCUCCUGGGAGUGUGUUCCAGCCAAGACUCUCCAGCUCUCUAGUGAUGCUGCCAUCAUGUGCCGUAGACUAAACUGCGAC